ACUUGCAUCUGUGGAAAAUCGAUCAGUAGCUACCCAAACCAUUCUAGCCUCGCCUCGAACACCAACAAUUCGCCAUUGAGUUCCUGCUUCUCCUUCACAGGCUUCUAGCAACCCAGAAGCAGGCAAUGAAGCAAAAGAUUGUCAUCCAAUUGAGCAUGUCGUGCGACAAGAGCCGGUCCAAAGCACUAACGCUGGCCGCCAGAGCAGCCGGGGUGACGUCUAUGGGCAUAACCGGCGACGCGAGGGACCAGCUGGAGGUGGUCGGCGACGGCGUCGACCCGGUGUGCCUCGUCAGCUGCCUCCGCAAGAAGCUCGGACACGCCCAAAUCAUCAAGGUGGAGGAGGUGAAGAAGCCGGAUGAAAAGAAGAAGGAUGACCCGAAGCCGGCCGUGCCCGUGCCCGUGAACCCGCCGCCGUGCUACUACCACCACCAGUACCAGGCGCCGCACAUGGUAGUCUGCGAGGAACAGCCCGGGAACUGCCGGACCAUGUAGCUGCCAGAGAUCCAUAUGACGUGCUAUACGCGUGUUUAUUAAUUCAUUGAAGGAAAAGAAAAGAAAAAUCGAGACAUACUCUCAUCUAUAUUUACGAGCUCGCUUGGCUAAUUUCCAGUGUGAAUUCAAAGCAAACGCUAUGGUUAUACUCCCUCCAUUCUACAAUGUAGUGCCUAUAGAUUUUUGUAAAAGUCAAACUUUAUCAACUUUGACCAAGUGUAUAGAGAAAACUAUCUACGUCUACAAUACCAAACAUGUACAUUCUGAAAAUAUAACUCACGAUGUAUUCAAUGAUGUGUAUUUGGUAUUCUAGAUGUACCUACUUUUCUCUAUAAAU